UAAACUAUAGUUUAUACAUACAUACGAAUGGAAAUUCCGAUAUAAAAUUAAGUCAGAUACUUGUCUUAAGUCAGUUGACUUAAGCCAGUUACGACAUUUCGUAAGCUUGCCGGUCAUGUUGGUCACGUUGCAGCAUUUGCAGUCAUUCUUCGCCGACCGGUCUCGGGUCUAACCGCCAUCAUGACUUAAGUCCAGGUAUUGCUUUCCAUUGCAGCCGAUCGACGUUCGGACGUUCAUUACGCGUUUUGCGCGUUCAUUACGUCGUCGUGUGCCAUAGCGUCUACAAGUCUACAACUAAACUUUAAACAGAAAAAAAGAAACAAAGUGUUUUUCAAAACAAUGUGCGACAGAUAAGCAAUGAAUUAAAAUAUCGUAUGAAAGUAAACGUGUUCUAGUUGGGCACGCCGUUCCAAGGAUAAUUGCAUAUUGUUAAUUGCUUGAUUUGUGCGCGAGACUAGAAAAAAUUCUUCAAUGUAAUGUGAAUGCGGGAGCAAAGUGCAAAAAAAUGAUCAAGGGCGAAUCGGCGUGAAACAGAAAAGAAGGAUAUGACACGGGUUUUCAAUCGUACGCUGCUGUUCCUCUUGGUGGUGACCACGCUGGUCGCCAUUUCGGUGCAAUUCUCCGAAGAUGUCGCCGCCGGUGAUGCAAACAACGACGAUGGCGAAAUAUCAAAGAAAUUUAUGGUUGCAUCAACUCUACAUAAAAGGCACAAACGAAUGAAACGAGCUUCAAGAAAACCAGGAUUUUUUAGAACAUUAUUUUCAGUUGUUUUUGAUCAAUAUAAUGACACUAAAUAUACAAUAAAUAAAAUUAGUUCAUUGGUAAAUGAUAAUUUCCUACCAGAGAAUGCACCACCAGUGGUUUCAACAACUCCAUCAAGUAUAGAUCCGAAUGUAUCAACAACAAAAGCGCCAUAUAAAAUCACACGCAGCGAAUUUAACAGAAUUGUCCAACGAAAUCUACGAGGAUUAGCACGUUUAUAUAACAUUGAAUUGCGAGAUGCUUUAAAACAAUCGGACAAAAAUUGGGCAGAGUACAAACGGAAUGCGUCCAUUGAAGUCUCCAAAUUCCUUUGACAAGCGUCAAAAUAAGUCAUAAAUGAAGCUGUGAUAGCUAAAAUUACUUCCUUGCAACUUUUAUAUUUAUUUUGAUAGAAUUCCAAUCACAAUUUCAUUCUAAUUGAUUUUAUUUUAUUUUUUUGUCAAUUUUGUAAAUUUGUACAAAUGAGUCAUCUUAUUAUUAUUAUUAUUACUCUGGGUAUUGUUAAUUUAUAUUCUUGGAUUGAUUCUUAUUAAAAUAUUUAUAUAAUCCAAA